AUGCAUCAUUCAUAUUAUUUGAGGAGCAUUAUGGCUGAGUAUCUAUCUAUCUAUCUAUCUAUCUAUCUCUCAUGUUCGUUCUCUGUCUGUCUAUCUAUCUAUCUAUCUAUCUAUCUAUCUAUCUAUCUAUCUAUCUAUCUAUCUAUUCAUAUCUGUUUAUCUCAGUAUGUUCCUUACCUGUUUGUCUCUCAUAUAUCUAUCUAUCUAUCUAUCUAUCUAUCUAUUACACUCUCUUAUCUAUCUAUUGAUCUAUCUCUGUAUUAUGUUAUUUAUCUGUUUGUCUCUCUUCUAUCUAUCUAUCUAUCUAUCUAUCUAUCUAUCUAUCUAUGUCAGUAUGUUGUUUGCCUGUUUGUCUGUCUAUCUAUCUAUCUAUCUAUCUAUCUAUCUAUCUAUCUAUCUAUCUAUCUAUGUCAGUAUGUUGUUUGCCUGUUUGUCUGUCUAUCUAUCUAUCUAUCUAUCUAUCUAUCUAUCUAUCUAUGUCAGUAUGUUGUUUGCCUGUUUGUCUGUCUAUCUAUCUAUCUAUCUAUCUAUCUAUCUAUCUAUCUAUCUAUUCUCCUUUCAGGAGGAGAGCUUUUCGAUAGAAUUGCUGCUGAGGAUUACAAGAUGUCUGAGGCUGAAGUAAUUAACUAUAUGCGGCAAGUGUGCGAAGGACUUAAACACAUGCAUGAGAACAGUAUUGUGCAUUUGGACAUCAAGCCUGAGAACAUCAUGUGUGAAACCAAAAAGAGCACGCAAGUGAAGAUCAUUGACUUUGGUUUAGCAACCAGAUUGAACCCAGAUGAAAUUGUAAAGGUUACCACAGCAACUGCUGAGUUUGCAGCCCCAGAAAUUGUUGACCGUGAGGCUGUUGGUUUCUACACAGAUAUGUGGGCCGUUGGUGUGCUUGCCUAUGUCUUAUUGAGUGGUUUAUCACCAUUUGCUGGAGAAGAUGACCUGGAAACUCUUCAGAAUGUGAAAAGAUGCGACUGGGAUUUUGACGAGGAUGCUUUCAAGAGUGUCUCACAAGAGGCUAAAGACUUCAUUAAGAAAUUGCUUCUCAGAAAUCCCUCGAAGAGGUUGACUGUCCAUGAAGCUAUUGAACAUGCUUGGCUGAAGGGAGACCAUAGUGACCUCACAAGCCGUAUUCCAUCCAGCAGAUACAACAAAAUCAGGCAGAAGAUCAAAGAGAAAUAUGCUGACUGGCCUCAACCAAUGCCAGCCAUUGGUCGUAUUGCAAACUUCAGCUCCCUGCGUAAACACAGGCCAAAGGAAUACCAGAUAUACGACAGCUACUUUGAUCGUCGUGAAGCUAUUCCUCGAUUUGUUCGUAAACCCCGUAAUGUUCUUGCUGGGGAAGGACAAAUUGCCAAAUUUGAUUGCAGGAUUAUUGCUGCUUCCGCUCCCAUCGUCACUUGGAUGAAGGAUGAUACCAAUCUGCCUCAGAGUGUUAAGUACAUGCAAAAAUACAUGGGCAAUGAAUAUGAAUUAAAGAUUAGUCGACUUAAGAUGGAAGACAAGGGUGAAUAUUGUGUACGUGCUGAAAACUCCUUUGGACACCGUGAAGAAGUUGUUAUGCUGAAGGUUGAACCUUUGAGAGAAGUGAUUCAACCUCCAAGCCGUGAAACUACACCAAGAAGGAAAGUCCGUCCAUCUCAGGAAAGGACAAUUGAAAAACCAAAAGAUGUGCCACCCUCAUUCUCGUUUGAUCUCCGUGACCGCUUGAUUCAGGUCGGUAACGGAUUCAAGCUUCUCUGUUGUGUUACAGCAAAACCAGCAGCCAAGAUUGUUUGGAUGAAGGAUGGUAAAGAAUUGAAAAGUGAUGGACAUGUUAUGAUCUCAUUUUCUUAUGGCAUUUGUGCCCUAGAAGUAAGCACCGCAGAGAUGUCAGAUUCUGGCAGAUACACAUGUUAUGCUUCCAAUGAUCUGGCACAGAUUGAAACAGGUUGCAAGGUCACUGUAGAAAACCGAAUGGGUGAUUUAAAACAAAAGCCAAAAGGUUUGGAAGAGUCAAGUACACGAUCCUAUGGCCGAGUUUCCCGUGUAGCCAGGCGCACUAAAAACCUUGAUGAUUUGCUUGACAAAGUUGAUGGUGAUACACAUACCAGCAGCCAUACAUCUACUCAAGUCAGCAGUGAUGGUAGAGUAACUACAACCACCACCACCACAUCCUCAUCUUCCAGAACCUCCAGGACACAAAAAAAUCAAGCAAUUCCUCCCAGGUUCACGAAGAAAUUACAAUCUCAGGUGUUAAAUGAAGGUGACAAAUUAACACUGAAAUGUGUGGUUGAAGCUACACCAGAUCCUCAAAUUGAAUGGCUUCUCAAUGGACGGAUAAUUAAAGACAGUGUUGCAUCACAGACUUUUGUAAAGGGCUUAUGCACCCUUCAACUUCGUGAUCUUCUGCCAAGUGAUGGUGGAGAAUAUGUUUGUAAAGCCAAAAACUCUGCUGGUGAAGAAACAAGCUUGGCCACUGUUCAUGUUAGAGUGAUUGAUAAGUCGGCUCAAGAAAAGAAAGUCGGUGAUCCACCUUGUGUUGUUACUCCACUUGAAGGCCUCGUGGUUAAAGAUGGUGAUCCCGUCACUAUGAGUUGUGAAAUAUCAGGUUCUCCUAAACCAGAAGUCAUUUGGCUUCACGAUGGCAAAAAAGUUGAAGAUUGUGAAGAAUUUUCUUAUGAAAAUAAAGCAUCAAAUAUUGCUGGACGAACAUGCUGUUCUUGUACACUCAAAGUUGAAGUUCCUGAUGAAGAAGUUGUUGGUCCAGUUUUCACAACAUUUCCUCAGUCACUGAGUGUGGAAGAGGGUACACCAGUCAAAUUCAGUUGCAGUUUUGAAAAUAACUCAGUUAAAGUUGUCUGGAAAAAGAAUGGCACAGAAAUUGAGAACACAGGACGGUUUAAGUUCUUUGGAAAUGGCAACAAGUUUAGCUUUGAAAUACCAGCAGCACUAGAGACAGACACAGGUGUCUAUUGCGUUUUGGCAAGUGAUGGUGUGGAUUCUGAUUCACAAUGGACAUUCUCUCUAAAUGUCACUGUCACAGAUACAGCUGGAACGGCACAUGUUGAUGUACAAGAACUUCUAAAAUCCAUCCAGUGA